GCCACUCGGUGCAACUAAUAAGGACCGCGAUCUAGCAGGCGAUCCCACUGUGACUUUUAUUUCCAAGUCCUGGAAUCCGGAAUCAGACUGAUCGUAAUCACACAUGGAUUAUACUCUUUUCGCCGCUUUUGAUUUGUUUCUGCCUUAGAGGGAACUUUCUCACCAGCUGUUGGGACUGCCUUCUAGUGCCAGAGCCAUGAUUUGCUUGUUAAGAUGGGCUGCUUUCCUUUGGACUGUAAAUUUCAUUCCUUGCACCGUUGGAAUGGCAGUGAAUGAACGGACAGAUGGCUCAUGUCCCCCUCUGAGUGUAGAGGAGCACAGAUUUUCUGAUGUCUUAGAUCGUCCCCUGGACAUCACAGGAUUCGAUCUCACAGAAAAGUUUCUUCUCCGAAAGGGAACAAUCACAGAAGACCUGCCAUCGUUUCGUUUAGGAAGCAGCCCGCUCAUUAAGACAACAGAAGUAAUAUUUCCAAACGGGCUUCCAAGUGAAUACUCCCUUGUCACCAUCUUCCGGGUAAGAAGAACUACAAAAAAAGAUCGCUGGUAUCUUUGGCAGAUAUUCAACCAGACUGGAGAGAGUCAGGUAUCUGUUGUGGUUGAUGGUGGCAAGAAGGUGGUGGAGUUUUCUUCCCAGGGCCUGCAAAAGGAGGCUCUCCGCUAUACAUUUAAGAGCCGUGACCUACAUGUGCUCUUUGAUCGCCAGUGGCACAAACUGAGCAUUUCUGUACAGAGCAACAUAGUCUCCGUUUACAUGGACUGCAAGCUAAUAGAAAGGAGGCUGACUGAUGAGAGGGACAGCAUUCACCCCACGGGGCGCACUCUCAUCACGACACGAGUGGAGGAUGGACGACCUGUAGAUAUUGAACUGAGACAAAUUCUGAUCUACUGUGACCCUUACAUGGCCGAAAUGGAGAACUGCUGUGAGCUACUGGAACCAAAGUGUGAAGCCAAGAAGACCUUUAAUGGGACUUCCCCUCCCCUGGUUACAGCCCAGCUCCCGCAGAUGCUGUCUCAGCCGGCCUCAAAGUCAAUUGACAGAUGUCACUGUCCAGCUGAAAAGGGGGAUCCUGGUCUUCCAGGUAUCAUUGGACUGCCAGGACAAAAAGGGGACAAAGGAGAAAAGGGGGACACAGGGGAGGCUGGGCCUUCGGGAGACCCAGGACAUAAGGGGGAACUUGGAUCAGAAGGGCAAAAGGGAAUCGAUGGGGAGAAGACAAGGGCACUGACCUGCAGCUGCUCCGGUUGGUUAAAGGGUCUGAAAGGUGACCUAGGGCCAGUUGGUCCAGUUGGUCCCAAAGGAAACAAAGGUGAUGUGGGUGUGCCUGGAGCUCCAGGGCUGCCUGCUGUUAAAGAAUGUGUCAAAGGAGAUCAGGGCCUUCCGGGUGACAAAGGAGAGAAGGGAUCGGCUGGGGUGCCAGGUCAGCCAGGGGAACCAGGCAAAGAGGGCAAAAGGGGACGGAGAGGAAAGGCUGGGGAGCCUGGACUCAGAGGCCUGCCUGGUCCCCCAGGAACCCCAGACGGAGCAAGUGUCAAGGUGGAGAGGGGUGAGUCUGCAGUCCCAGGGGGGAAAGGGGAGAAAGGAGAGAGAGGAGAGCCCGGUCAGCCAGGUGCCGAGGGGGCUGGCGGGAUGAAAGGACAAAAAGGUGAUGUUGGUCCUCCUGGUCCUCCUGGUCCUGUGAUGACAGCUCACGGAUUAAGACAGAUCUCUGGAACUGAUGAAAUGAAGGAGAAGACCCAAAAGGGAGAAAAAGGAGAUCAGGGGGAGAGAGGAGCUCAAGGGCCGCAAGGCUUCAAGGGAAACAUGGGGCCUCCAGGACUCAAGGGAGAUCAAGGACCAGAGGGCAAGCAAGGCCUGCCUGGACCCACUGGACUCCCAGGACUCCCAGGCGAGCCAGGCUCGCCAGGGGAGUCAGGGGUGCCUGGGAGAGAUGGCCUGAAAGGAGAAAAGGGGGACUCUGGUGGAGUGAUGGGGCCACCGGGACCUAAGGGUGAGCCUGGAGAGCCUGCAGGUGGAUAUAUGGGCGAUGGGUUGUCUGUAAGCCGAGGAUCUCGUGGGCCCAAGGGUGAAAGAGGUGUCCCAGGAUUGCCAGGAGACCACGGUGAAAAAGGCGAACCUGGGGAGACUAUCAUAGGCUCGCCUGGCCGCAUGGGACCCCCAGGAAAGCCGGGAAUUGAGGGCCCUCGUGGACCCCCGGGUUUAUCUGGCCCUCCUGGGGUUUCAGGAAGGGAGGGCCCUCCUGGUAGGCCAGGCCCCCCGGGCCCUGCCGGACCCCCAGGUGAACCAACUGCCCUGCCAAUUGUUGGAGACAUGGGUGCAAUACUCAAGAAUGCCUGCAGUGUGUGCCAGACGAGAGUCCCAGGGCUUCCUGGGCAGAAGGGAGAGAAGGGGUCCUUUGGAGCACAAGGAGUAGAAGGCAUGGUGGGGGAAAAGGGGGAUCCAGGUGUAAGAGGUCCCAUGGGGAACCCUGGGAAAGAAGGCCCAAAGGGAGUGAAAGGAGAGAGAGGGUUCCCAGGCCCCGCAGGAGAUAAAGGUGAUGAGGGGCCUCCAGGAGUACCAGGACUUCCUGGUGUGACUGGUCGUACAGGGGCACCGGGGCUCAUGGGUAGACCGGGGCCAAUGGGCCAAUCAGGAGUAAAGGGAGAUAAAGGAAAUGAAGGCCCCCCAGGCAGACCAGGCCUUCCAGGGCCACCAGGUGUGCCCUAUGUGGAGGGCAAUGGGAUGAGCGGUCUGUACAAGCUACAGAGUGGUGGAGCUAUUUUAGGACCCCCUGGAGCUCCUGGUGCUCCGGGUCCCAAAGGAGAUGAAGGAUCUGUAGGGGAACCAGGGGCCAUGGGAUUACCAGGGCUUGAAGGGCUACCCGGUGCCAAGGGUGAUAUUGGUUUGCCUGGUCCACCUGGGAUAAUAGGUCCUCCAGGGAAACCCGGCGCUCGUGGAGAGUCAGGGAUCCCAGGAGAGCCGGGUGAGAGGGGGCCGCUUGGAGAGACAGGAUUCCCAGGGCCCGAGGGACCCCAAGGUGUACCUGGGAGACCUGGGAAAGAUGGAACUCCUGGAUACAAGGGAUCCAUAGGAGCAACAGGGGACAGAGGAUCAAAAGGAGAACGUGGGGAUCCAGGGAUUCCAGGAGAAAGAGGUGUACAAGGCGAGAGGGGUCGUGCAGGAGAUCCUGGCCCGAUUGGACGUAUCGGACCACCAGGCCAAAAAGGAGAUCCUGGCCCUCCGGGACAUUUGGGGAAUGUACACCUCUUGAGUGAUCCCAGCUUCAUGGACGAACUCAAAGUGUUCAUCAAACGUGAAGUCUUGAAGGUCUUCGAAGAGAAGCUAUCGAGCGCUGCCAUGCUGCAGAAGACACCUGCAGGGAUCUUAGCUUCACAGGGCCACGGGCCUCCAGGACCUCCUGGAAAGGAUGGAUUACCAGGCCCUCCAGGAGAGCCCGGGCCUCCUGGUCCUCAAGACCCGUAUAUCAAUGCAGACUGAGGGGCGGGAAGCAGAGGAAAGGCCAGGAGUGUGGUGCACAGCGGCUCUCUGGGAAAUAUGAAGACAAACGAAGAAUUGGCUGUGAAUAAGAGAAAGUAUUAUCAGUGUGGACAGGAAAGAGCCCCAGUAUUGAUAUCUCACUCCAGGAAAGAAAGCUUCUAAAGUAGAAAAGGAGCAUAGUCAGGAAAGAGGGUGGACGCUCUUUAUCAAACUGAUACAACUUUCCGACUGCUCAUACAACAGUAAUGGUUUGCUGGUCAGGCUUUAUACCUCAAACUUGCUUAGAAUUGUGUUGUGUCCGCAGCAGAACUACGGUGUCUUAACUUUUUGAAGAGGAGGAGUGUGUUACGCGUUGGUGCAGAUCAAAGCACCGCUGCAUUGGCCUUUCUCUUUGUAUCUACCUCACAUUAUUCAAGACCAUUUACACUUUAACCCAAUGCUAUAAUUUAAAAUGCUGCUUUCCUUCAUGAAUAAUGUAGCUAAAGUAGGCCACUACUCAUUUGUGCUGUGUUAAUUCCGUUUGCAUUACACAUGUCUUGGAUUUUGUUUAGCUUGUUUUAUUUUUUUAUGCUUCCAAAGAGUGUUUUAUAGGUGAUUCUUAAUGCAGCUUUGCAAUAAAUAUUUAUUGAAAAUAAAGAGGAAAGUUUUUUUCCCUUGAUAAAUCAAAAAUUCAACAACUUCUUAAUUUUUUCUUUGUUGACUUGUGCCUCCACUCAGCUGGGGAGAGAGUUUGGGGUAAUAUUUCCUCAUUAUUUCUCGUCAUCCUCCGCUGGAGACUGUGCUCCUCUGGAAUAUCCAACUUGACUUCUUCUCCAAUAUGCCAAAAUGAUUUGUUUAUGGAGAAAAAUAACCCCUCUGUUGCAUUCUUUUCUUUUUUUCCUCAUGGUUUGAUUUCACAUGGGUGAAAGUCUCAAGCUGUUAGAGAAUACCCAUAAGGACGCAUGUUGAAGAGCAUCAUUUCUUUUUUUGUUUUUUCUUUUCCCUUCCCUGUGUUGUAAUUGAGUGCUCAUUUAUCAUUCUAUUCAUCUUUAACUUUUGAGAGCAUAAUGAAAAGACUCACUGAUGUAAGUCAUUGUGUUUGAGUGCAUUUCAUAAAUUCUACAUUUUGUUGUCUUAACAUUCAUUUUUAAUUUUGUAUUUCUUUGUAUUUAUUAAUGGUGACUGAUACAAAAUGUCUUUUAUUAUAUCAGGCUGUAAACCUUGUGUUUGAGAGCUGCUCAUUUUUGUGCUGUGCAAUAUGGAAAUAUCAGUAAACAUCCCGCAGUAAUUGGUCUUUGAUGGAGCAGCUGCUCAAAGAAAGGUGUUUUUUUCUUCUUCUUUUGUAAGGCAUAGCAUGAAUGAAUAGAUGCUGCUGUUAAUACUGUUUACAGCCGUGUACAACAGGUGCGGGGCUGCAAUCUUAUCAAUCAAUCAUGAAAAACCCUCUUAGGCAAUAUUAUUUUCUAUUAACGUAUUUUGUCCAUUAGUGCCCCUAGAAAAAACAUUGUUUUCAACCAACUGCAGCCGCAGCAUGGCGUUUUCGAUUUAUCAGAGUGCACCAAUCCAGCGUGCCACCCAAGCUUAUUGCCCUGUGUGCUAUUCAGUAUUUUUUUUGCUUAAGGUACAGUGCUCUUUUCUCCAUGGAACGUCUCCUCCCUGAAUGAAUGCCCCAGGCUCUGUGAGUGUUGAAAGAAGUCUCAUUAUUGCCGCAAUGUGUGGAUAGCCCCUCUCUCUUUGAGACUCAGUUUUGGAGCAUUCAUAAGCCUUUUUUUCUGAGAUUUUCUCUGACAUGCAAGCGUUGAAGCGUUUCCCCUUUGGGCCAGGCGGUGCGAUGCUUGAUACUCCUGUCAAUGUUUCUGAUGCACUCCAUGCAACCGCUGGUCCUGAGACUCCAUUACUUUAAGUGCCUCAUGGGGAAAUAUUUUUGCAGCCCCUCAAAUUCUUCCUUGGUGUGCUGUAAAGACCGACCGGCUUUGCAUGGCGUGAGAAAGCCUUUGAAUAACAUGUUUGUGUGCCUAUUGUUAUAAGCAAUGCACUUGCUGGCCUGACUUGAGGAUUAUUGCAAAUGCUUUGAUUUUUUUUUACUCAUCAGCCAGACUAAGCAUGUCCUUGUGUUCAUCUCUGCUUGUUUUUGAACGUAGAGGUAAUCAUACAGCAGCCAAUCCACAUCAGAGAAAAGACUGGACAUAAUUUCAACAUGAGAUAUUCUAGUUUUCUCUCUGUGGUCAAACAGAAAAAAAGCUUUAUGAUCAUGUUUUUGCUCUCCAAGUGAAUUAUGUUUCUGAAUCCAGUUGUAACAAAUAGACAUGAUUGUUUUCUGCAUCUGUUUGUUUUCAGUAGAAUAAAUCAUUUUAUUAGCCCUAUCUA